AUGGGGCCCGGCGGGCGCUGGGUGCGGGCGGCACACACGGCCCUCAGCGCGGCCCUGACGCUCGGGCUCCUCCUGCACAGCACGGAUCUGCGCGAGCAGGAGGAGCGCGGGGAGCUGCUGCAGCCGCUCAGCUUCGUCCUGCUGGUUCUGUGCUCCGUCCUGCUGUACUUCAAGGUGUCUCUCAUGGAUCCGGGUUUUGUUAAGCCUGAGGAGGAAGCAAAGGCAGGGGAGGCUGAAGGACAAAGCCUGGUGACGCCCCAGGGCACCAGCGAGGUGAAGCUGCGGCGCUGUGGUUACUGCCUGGUGAAGCAGCCCAUGAGAGCCAGGCACUGCCAGCUGUGCCAGCACUGCGUGCGGCGCUACGACCACCACUGCCCCUGGCUUGAGAACUGUGUGGGAGAAAGGAACCACCCCCUCUUCAUGGCCUACCUGGGUGUGCAGCUUGUGGUUCUGCUGUGGGGAGGCCACGUUGCUUGGUCAGGCCUCUACUUUCAACAGUCCUGGGAAUGGCUGCAGCACAACGUUUUCCUCCUCCUGUCCUUCUUCCUGAUAGUCACAUUCACCAUUGUGGUCCUGCUGCUGCUCGUGUCCCACCUGUACCUGAUCUCCUGCAACACCACGACCUGGGAGUUCAUGUCCCACCACCGCAUCUCCUACCUGCGCCACUCCGAGCGGGAGAAUCCCUUUGACCAGGGCGUAAUCCUCAACCUCUGGAGAUUCUUCUGCUCACGCCAGCUCACUGCGUGGGAGCAAAUCUAUUUUCACAGGAACAGUGAGCCUGUGUAGUGCCAGGAGUACCAGCACCCCUGCAGGUUGCUGGGCAGAGCAAUUGCUGCUGCUUCCUCGCACUGAACUUUGACACAGCACGGACUGUGCAACCGGCUCCACUUUUCAGGGAUAGCCAGGGUUAUUUUUUAUAUACAGAUAUAUGAGUUAAAGAUGAGACCCUGGUUCUGGGAAGGCCAAGGUCAGCAGAGCUGAUUUCUGGUCCGAGCAAAGGGAUCUCUCUAAACUUACUGCCUUUUCUUAACCAUAUCCAAACCUCCUGAAAAAUUCUCUUCCCUGAGGUCUCCCUCUCGUUUUGCUUCUGGGAAAAAAGCAGCAAUUACAGACAAAACCAGGAUCAGUGUAAUUCUUGUGGCCUUUCUUCAGCCUAGGUCUGACUGGGAGAACUGCAGUGCCUUUUGUCAGUAGUAUUGGGCACGGAACAGAAAUACUUGAGUAAAUAUUUAGACAGUCAAAAGCAAAUUUCAUUUCAUCCACAUGCCUCAAGUUAAUGCUUUCCACAAAGCUUUGAGGCUUAACACUGUUAAGUGCAUGAGAAACAGCUGUAAGACACCCAAUUCAGCUUAUGAGAUAAUUAGCCUGUACUUUGGGAUGCCCUGAGCAGCUUCCUCACAGCUUUUUAAGUUGAUGCUGCUGUUAACAAUUCACAGGCUAUUUGGAAUCAAGUCAGCAAAGAAUGAUACCAUCUACUUUUCUCUGGACAGAAGAGUAAUGCUUGGCUGCUGAGUUAUUGGUAAAACUACUACUACCUCAACACACUAGUGAGAUUUUAAUAAAAGAAUACAAUUCCAGUGCAAGAAGAAAGCUGCCAGGUGCUGGUGGAUGAGAUGAGGGCUGCUGACAGC